ACAGCAGCCAAAGUUAAUAACCUGCUGAACCAGGGACAGGAAGGAUAGUAGCAAUUACACAGGAAACAUUUUCAUUGAAGGAGUAUUUCUCCUUUGAUACUUCAAAUAUGAAAAUUGAUAUUCAUAGCCACAUUCUACCUAAGGAAUGGCCUGACCUAAAAAAGAGAUACGGAUAUGGUGGAUGGGUACAGCUGGAUCAUCACUGCAAGGGGCAGGCAAAGAUGAUGAAGGAUGGAAAGGUUUUUAGAGUUAUUCAAGAGAACUGCUGGGAUCCAGAAGUACGGAUUAAAGAGAUGGACCUAUCAGGAGUCACAGUCCAAGUCCUUUCCACAGUCCCUGUAAUGUUCAGCUACUGGGCCAAACCUCAGGAUACUUUAGAUCUAGCCCAGAUAUUAAAUAAUGAUUUAGCUGCUACAGUAAGAAAGUACCCCAAGAGGUUUGUCGGCUUGGGUACGUUACCUUUGCAAGCUCCAGACCUGGCUGUGAAGGAAAUGCAUCGCUGUGUGAAUGAACUUGGAUUUCCUGGAGUACAAAUAGGAUCCCAUGUCAAUGAAUGGGACCUGAAUGCACCAGAACUGUACAAAAUUUAUGCUGCUGCUGAACAAUUGAAUUGCUGUCUCUUUGUGCAUCCCUGGGACAUGCAGAUAGAUGGAAGGAUGUCCAAAUAUUGGUUUCCCUGGCUAAUAGGCAUGCCAGCAGAAACAACCAUAGCCAUUUGCUCCAUGAUUAUGGGAGGAAUUCUUGAAAGAUUUCCUAAGCUGAAAGUUUGCUUUGCACACGGAGGUGGAGCUUUUCCAUACACAGUGGGGAGAAUCUCCCAUGGAUUCAACGUGCGCCCUGAUUUGUGUGCUAUGGAUAAUAAGGUGGAUCCAAGAAAAUACCUUGGUUCAUUUUACACAGACUCUCUUGUCCAUGAUCGUGAUGCCCUAAGGCUGCUAACAAGUGUAAUAGGAGAGGAAGUGACACAUAGACUCUGGCCCUUAAUCACAAUUAGUCUUUGCAACUGAAAUUUAGUUGUUUGAGAGGGAGGUUAUGGACUGUAAUUGGAUAAUCUAAAAGUCACUCAGCAAUAGCCUCUCUGGUGUCAUUUGUUUUGUCAACAGACUUCUGAAAUUUAGUUUCUUAAUGCAAUAAAUCUGACCAGUGUACUACAUGGGAUGUUGGAGUCAUCGUUAAUUCUCCUCUGAGUAUUCUGAGCUCAAGCAAUGUAACAUCGGGUGGAACCCCAGUGCUGAAAAGUCACGAGUCAGGUCCCAAAAACUUCAAUGCUUUUAACAUUCAGAAGAACUUGGGGAAAAAAGUACAUUUUCUUUCUCUGUUUAAUAGCCUAAGGCAUUUUAUCCUUGAAAAAAACAUUCGCAUCACAUUUUCAAACUUUAUAACCAUGAAGAUUAGGAAGUCCCCUCUUUCCAAUGAGAGUUGAUGUUCUCACAUAAUACUAUUCCACGAGUCAAAGGCUUAAAAAACAUCAAAUAUCUCAGUGUUUUCAGUGCAGUCGUGUGUUAGCAGGGUAACACAUACAAGAUUAAUAAAUGCUGGGCUAAAAACAAUGUGAUUGGAUCUUGGGGACACUGUAACUUUGCAAGCUGAAGGUUUGAAAUAGGACAGCUCUCUAGAGUAUAGCUAAGAGCUGUGCAGGAAGGGCAUCAGUGUAUGUAAAGAUGUGCUUAGUCAUGGCUUCAGGUCUUUAGGGAACAGCCAUUGCCUGGCAUGAGAAUGUAAUUUGUUCGAUUUGAGCUUAUGAAUAUUAACAUCCAGUGACAGCAGCGAUGAGUCAUGCACGUUUCACUUCAUCCCUUCUUAGUUUUGGGUGCAGGUUAAUUGGAGCCUAUCCCAGUUAAAGGAAGCAGAAAUACACAUUUCUGAGAAAGAAUUUUGGAAGACUGCAAAAUUGCUGCAGUCCUUCACUCCCCCCAUGAUGAGAUAACAGGAAGUGAAUACAAAUAAACACAAAAUCCCUAAUGAUGCUGGCUAUAAAAAGUGAAGAACUGGGUUGACAGGGGGUUAUAUGAUUCAGUGUAUCUCUACAAAAACUUUCCCAUGGAGAUUCCCUCAAGAGCCAUCACCCACAGGUAAAACAUUCUCUGGCCAGAAGCUGCAACUGAACUGGCUACAAUCUGGCCUUUUUCUGAGAUGUAUCCUGAUAGUAGGAAAAAAGCUGAGAUUCAAGGCUUAUACAAUUUGUACUAAUAUGAGGACAAACUCAUGUCUGAUGCUCUUUGAGAUUCAUUUUAAGAUUCAGCUCUCUAUUACUGUGAAAAAAGUUCUGUUGAGUAGAAGGGUCCACAGAGGUUAGUCAUUAGCCGGUUGUUCCUUUCUAAAAGGAGAGAUGCACUAAUCAAGGUAUCAAACUAUAAGUCCUCUAGAGAAAACUGACUUUGUUGAUAUACUUUAGAAUAAUGUAAUAAUACAUCUAUUUUGCCGGGAGUAUGCUGCAGAGACUUCACAGGAGUUCUCUGAGGCUGACUGCUAAAGACAGUUAUUGCAACCCCCAUUUUAUGGAUGGGUACAAAACUGAAGCUCGGAGAGUAUAAAUGAAUAGCCUACUAUCACUAGUAGCAGAGCAGUAAUAUUGCUUAUAAUUUUUUCUCAUUAAUUUACAGUUCUUAAUUUUACUGCUAAUGAAUAGAUCACAUGAAUAGCUGUGAAAUACUUCAGAGGAAAAGAAAAAUAGGAUUGAAAUAAUAUAUAUAUAUAUUAUUCCAAUGAGGGAAUGGGAUUUCUUUCUGCUUUGGUAUAAAGGAGGUGUAAACAAAAAUGUACAAACCUUGCUGGCUUACUUAACCUUGACUAAUAAACAGCUGGGCAGACACUGUGUUUCCUUCUCCUUUACUUAGAAAACCAUUUUCUUAUAUAAACCUAGUAUGCUUAUUGGUUGUUUUGUGUUUUUUUUUUAAUUGGCAUACAUUUGUUUUUCAUUUCUGAAGAGAAUGUCUUGGUAUCAGAUUGAAUAUAAGCGAAAGGAUUUACCUGCUUAAAAGUAGACACAUCCAAAUAUAUUUUGUUUAAUCUACACUCAGAUUGAUUUAGUAGGCAGAGGGUAUAAAUCCUCCUUGUCUAAUCUUAACAGUAAGACUUCUAUAAUAAAUUGUAACACAACAAUACAGGACAGAACAAUAGAACGGGUAUCUCUUGUUUGGAUUCCGUGUUUUGUACGGUCUUUCAGACGCUCUCGGGUGACAUCUACUGGAGGUAAAAAAAAAAAAUUAAAAAGCAGCAGAUGACAAAUAAGAACGAAUCAUUUCAUAAAAUAACUGAAUUUUGUUUUCUUCAUCCUAUUUCAGUAUUGGUAACUGAGUUCAAAUAUUAUAACAACAGUCCAAAAUUCAUGAGCUUGACUUCAAAUUCAUGAGACAUUUAAAAACAUACAUUUUUAAUGGAAACUGUGGUUUUCAAAUAUUAUGUCUCCAGGAGAUGAAGCUUAAAGGAGAAUAGAUUUUUGAUAAAAUCAAGAGUUGGCAGUGUGCAUUUUUGAAGGUAGAUAAAAUCGAGAAAUACCAUUUCAGUGUGAAAAUGAACCUCUAACAAUACAGACCUAUUGAGGAGCUGCCUAUUUCUUUUCAUCUCUGAUAACAGAAAUGUUCCAUACAGAUUUUUAUUGAAUUUUCUUUUCACUGACUUGCUCUCAGAAACAAAUCAUAUCAUGUUACUUAUAUUCUCAGAUACAUGUUUCAAACACACAGCUACUAUCCAAUCACAC